AGCCAAAGGCAUGUGUAAGUGUGAGGCUGCAGCCCGGCUGAGCCACCCUCAACUAAAUCAGGGGCUCUGAAAUACGGAUGGUGGGCGGAAGCGUGUGGAUGCUGCACUAAACAUAGGCUGCUGGAUCAUUGCUGCUCUGUCAGAUCUGGGGAAAAGACGUUACUUAAAGGUUAGAUGUGGUCUUGGUGACCAGACUGGUCUAACUGAUCGAGGCAAAUUCAAGAGAGGGACUGAUUCAUUGCCUGGUACUGGAAGGUUUUGGGGUGCGGUGCAGAGACAUAUUUUAGAUGUGCAUCAUUGAAAUUGUCUCCACCAGACCCAGAGCAGAAGGACCUGGCUAUGGAGUUUAAAGUUUCCAUAAGUAACCAACUGAUUCAAAGUGUAAACACAAGGAAUUAGAGUGGGAGUUCAAGGCUGAGUUGGACUUUCCAGAUGUGGUGGGAGCUGACUAAGGCUUUCUAAAACCUGCUGCUUCGAAGGCUGUCAAAUGGGACCUACCGAAGGGAAACGGAAGGUUCUGCCUGGAACGAUGUGCAGUGACUAACCCAAAUGGUUAUAAAUGAUUAGCCCUUAUGACCAACAUGAGCUGGAGUUUUCUCACCCGCCUGCUAGAAGAAAUUCACAAUCACUCCACUUUUGUGGGGAAGGUCUGGCUCACCGUACUGAUCGUCUUCCGUAUCGUCCUGACAGCUGUCGGAGGGGAGUCCAUAUACUCAGAUGAACAGAGCAAGUUCACAUGUAACACCAAGCAGCCAGGCUGUGACAAUGUCUGCUACGAUGCCUUUGCACCGCUGUCACAUGUCAGGUUCUGGGUCUUCCAGAUCAUCAUGAUCUCAACCCCUUCCAUCAUGUACCUGGGCUAUGCCAUCCACAGGAUCGCUAGGUCCUCCGAGGAGGAGAAGAGGCUUAAGGUACUCAAGAAAAAGAAGAAGCAGUUUGCUUUGAACUGGCAGGCUGUCCGUAACUUGGAAGACCCUUUGGAAGCAGACGAAGAGGAGCCCAUGAUCUCCGAUAACACGGUGGAAAAUGAGGAGAAAGCGAAAGCAAACAAGAAGAGCAAGGAGCAGCAGAAGCACGAUGGUAGGAGACGCAUCCAGCAAGAAGGGCUGAUGAAGAUUUACGUCUUCCAGCUCCUUGCCAGAGCUUCAUUUGAAGUUUGUUUCUUGGUUGGGCAGUAUUUUCUCUAUGGCUUUGAGGUGGAAGCGUAUUUCGUCUGCAACAGAGCCCCUUGCCCUCACACUGUGGACUGCUUUGUGUCAAGGCCAACAGAGAAGACCAUCUUCCUCCUGGUGAUGUAUGUUGUGAGCUGCCUGUGUCUGUUGCUCAACAUGUGUGAAAUGUUCCACUUGGGGUUUGGGACCAUUAGAGAUGCCAUUCGCAACAGAAAGAUUAAUAGUUUCAGGCAGCCUCCAUACAACUAUUCCUACUCGAAGAAUAUCUCCUGUCCUCCUGAGUAUAACCUGGUCGUGAAAUCGGAGAAGCCUGCAAAGGUUCCAAAUAGCUUGUUGGCCCAUGAGCAGAACUUGGCUAAUGUUGCUCAAGAACAACAGUGCACAAGCCCAGACGAGAACAUCCCACCAGAUCUGUCCACCCUUCAUAAACACUUGAGGGUGGCCCAGGAGCAGUUAGACAUAGCAUUCCAGAGCUACAAUGCUACUCAGGCCAACAUGCAGCCUUCCAGAACCAGUAGCCCACCUUCAGGUGGGACUGUGGUAGAACAGAACAGGGUCAAUACUGCCCAUGAGAAACAAGGUGCUAAGCCCAAAGCCAGUUCAGAAAAAGGCAGUUCUAGCAGCAAAGAUGGAAAGACUUCUGUAUGGAUAUAAUUAGGUGCUUGACCGUAGCUCACAGACAGGGCAACGUAAGUAGGGGCAUGGUUUUUUCCAGCAUUGUCUAGAAUUCAAUUCACAGAGCACAGGCACAAUUUGUAUGUGGGAGUCAACAUAGAUGAAGGAUGAGUUGUUUCAAACAUUACAUUUGAAUAAUGUCUUCUGGUGUGUUAACAAAAACAUUCCCUUUCUUGCCUAGUCCAUAUUCUCUCUGGGAACCUCCAUCGAGCUACACUGUAUGGUGCCGCCCUCCCCGCCUCCCCGUCCCCGGCACUGCUUAGGGGCAGGAGUAACAGCCUUUCUUCUUAUGUCACUCGCUAGCUGUUUGCCCAGGAUGAUCCACUGCCAGCUCUCUGCGACAGAGACUGGACUGACAAGCGAGCUGGCUGGUGGGAAGGGGACUCUGCUGAUCAUUCAGAAGAAUCGUCUUGACUACCCUGAGCUGCUCCUGUCCUGCAUCAUGAGGCUAUAGUACUGUACUUGUGUUGAGAACUGUUUAAUUACUAAAUGUCCUUCCUCCAAUUAAUUUGAAUUCCUCUGUUAAAGGGGAAAAUGGUGAGAUGUUACAUAAAUGGCCACGAUCCACUGGCCUGGCUCGUUUCCUGCCUGGAUUCUUACAUGCACUAACAAGCAGUCAUUGGAGAUGAACUCAACAGAGGUUGCAGCCAGGAGCUCUAACCAUGCAUUAACAGAACAUGAAGACAGUCAGAAGCACAGUAGCCAUAUUUUAAAGAAUGUACACCACCCUGAGUGAUUAGCGUUGAGGUAAAUGUUGUAUCCUUUCUUUCCCCCAAUCAGUGUUGAACUGCAAAGCAACCGGGAUCAAUUGCUACAUAGCAUUUGCAGUAAAUUUGCAUUGUAAUGAUGCUACAGUGUAGCAUUCGUUCCAGAGCUGGUGGGAAUUGCAGCAGUUAGACGUUUUUUAACACUGCUACUGCACAUCUUAAGCAAAAGUGCCUUUAAGCAACCAGUAAAAUGAAAUUCAAAGUUUCUAAUGUCUGUGUUAACUCUUGGUAGAGAUCAGAAGACCAGUGCUGACAACUUUUGUUAUCAAGUACUUUUGUUUUAAUCAAAAGCUUAGAAAUAGUUGCAGACAAAUAGAUCAAUGCAUAGUGUGUACGGCGUGUGUGUGGAGAUGUAUAUUUAAGUAUAUAUACACACACAUACAAAUAUUGUGUGAGCUACAGAUAUAUAUAAUGUAAUAUCAACCACACGAUGAUUUUUACAACUUCCCACCCCCACCAAAAAACCCACCAACUCAGAAUGGUGGCUGAUCUUCCUCUCUUGGAAGUCAAAUCGCCAGCCCUUGGGCCAGAUCCUCAGCUGGUGUCACUUGGUUCAGCUUCAUUUACUUCAUCUGACCCAAGCUGAGAAUCUGCCCGCUUGACUUUAAUGGGGACAGGAGAGGGACCAUUCACAAAAAGGCAGUUUAAGGACCAAAUCCCCUUGCCUUGCUCACAAGACUAGUUCCACUGGACUUGUCUACACCAGGUUAUUUUGGCUAAAGUUUACCACUGGAGAUACCCACAAUGCAAUGCUAAUGCAGACCAAGUCUAUGCAACAUGGUGCUUAACAAUGCCAGUGGCCGCUGGCACCUUGUCUGCUCUAGUUCUGCGGGAGAAAGUGAACCGAUGGUGGGAGAAGUGGGGAAAUCUUAAGAAAAGAAGCCCGGGCUAGACAUCACCAUUGACUUCCAUGAGGCUAUUCAUGUCAGUGAGGCAAGCCGGGCUAGGACCCUAAACACAGUGUGGCUCCAACCAGAAGGGUUUCUCUUUUUCAAACACUCUGUGUAAGAAAUACGUUGGCAAUGUGUUUUUUUCAUCAUGUAUCUGACUUGUACAAAACUGAGUGCGUCUGUGGCUUUGUUGGGAAUGAACUCUGGUAACAAGGAGCAGAAAUGUAAUCCUGACCCCUGGGAACAUGGCUGAGUGAUUUAUCGGCCUAGGUGUCACUGGACCAGCUAAAGUAAAAAAGUAAAUGAAUAACUGCCCCAUUUUCUGCUCUGUUGCUCUCGCGGAGAGCCUGUUCCUGCCAGGUGCCUAGAUGUCCUCAAUUCCUACUGUGACUUUGCAGGGUGCAUUCAAGAGCUUCCAGGAUUAGACCCAUAAAUCUCAGUCCAUAAUAAACCUCUAAAGACUCUGAAUGAGCAGAGCACUUAAGAAUGUGCUUAACUUUAAGCAAGUAAGUAGCCCUAUGGGCCAACUCGUGCUGAAGUGCUGUAUUCAGGCAGGACCUAAUAAUGCACUUUCCAAAGCCCUACAACAUCAUCAGUGAUCGUGACUGAGCAAAUGAUUGCUUGAAAAGGAAUACAAUGAGCAGCUCGUGAGAGCUUCUGGCAAAAAUAUUUAAUAUAUUUUGCUUAGCCAUCUAUGACGUAAUUUAGAGUUUGAUCCUGUUCCCAUUGGAGGACAUCUCCUGGAAGCAGAAUCUACUCUGUACGAUUUUUGAAAAUGAAUGAGUGACUCGAAGGGACUGAUCACAAACCAUCAGUUCUGUUUAAAGCAGGGGUGGGCAAACUUUUUGGCCUGAGGUCCACACUGGGUUUCCAAAAUUGUAUGGCGGGCCGGUUAGGGGAGGCUGUGUCUCCCCAAAUAGCCAGGUGUGGCCCGGCCCCCGCCUCCUAUCUGACCCCCUGCGUCUCACCCCCUGACGGCUCCCCGGGGACUCCUGCCCCAUCCAACCCCCCCUGUUCCCUGCCCGCUGAUGACCCCCCUGGAACUCCUGCCCCAUCUACCACCCCCUGCUCCCUGUCCCCUGGACCCGCCACCCCAUCCAACCCCCCCCCCAUUCCUGACUGCCCCUCUGGGACCCCUGCCCCAUCCAACCCCCCUGUUCCCCACCCUCUGACUCCCCUGACCCCUAUCCAACCGCCACCCCUGACCACACCCCCAAACUCCCCUGCCCUCUAUCCAACCCCCCCGCCCCCUUACCAUGCUGCCUGGAGCACCGGUGGCUGGCGGUGCUGCAGCCGUGCCGCCCAGAGUACCGGGUCAGUCUGUGGCUCUGCAACUGCGCUGCCCAGCUCCCCAGAGCGUGGCAUGGCGUGCUGAGGGGGAGGGGGAACAGCAGGGGAGGGGCCAGAGGCUAGCCUCCCGGGUCAGGAGCUCAGGGGCCAGGCAGGAGGGUCCCACAAGCCAGAUGUGGCUCAUGGGCCGUAGUUUGCCCACCUCUGGUUUAAAGGAAUGCAGCUUUAUUCUUAAAGGGCACGUGUAGUGGAUUUCCUCAACAGGAUAGGUCAGGAUUACUCCAUGUGUCUGUCUUAGGGAAGAACUCACUUUAGCUGUGAGUUUUGCACAAAAGGCUCCUAAUAUUUACAACAUGGUGAGGGUGGAAGAAACAUAUCUGUCUGCUCCUCAUGGCUGAGCCCUUUCUCUUUACUCCAUGGAACGACUUUGCAUUUUGCAUAGAGUUAAAUUAUUCCUGUUAAACUUGGGCCAUACCUAAAAUCUAAGAGGGGUUGUUUGAUAAUGGUGGGUUCCAUUAAAAAUUCAGUGUGCUGCCGAUCCCUUGACUCUGGUGCAUAUUCUGAAGAGGAGAGAUGCCGUGGUGAAGUCAGGCCCACAGCUGGCUAUUGGUUUACGUAUUAUGCUGCCCAGGGUGGACGUUUAUAUUUCACAUCUAUGUGAAUCUCCCUGGUUUAGCUUUGACCCUGUGCCCCCCAUGAUGACUCUGAUGGAAGCUCUGAGUAGACUGAGGGUCGGAUGCUGCAUGUUUUUUUCCUUAGAGAUGACUCACAGUGCAGCAGGCCCAUUGAAACGUGUCCCCCUGGAGCAGAGCAGUGACUCUCCGCUGCAAGGGGGAGUUUGGAUUGUUGCUGUUAUAACCAGGAUAAACACACAACAGCCUCCAUCCCUCAGCAUUUCCUGUGUAACUCCUGAUGGAUUGUAAUUGACCCCAGGUUUCCAUUGGCCUCAUCAGCUAGUCAUUAAUCUUCAGGGAGUGCUCUGUGUGCCUCGGUUGCUGUUGUUUAAUUCAAUCCUGCUUUGAUUGCUGUUGCUGCACCAAGAAUAGCCAGCUGGAGAAACAGAGCCAGCCCCUUGGCUCUGACUUUAUUUGUAAGUGUGGCUAAUGCUGAGCAUUUGCCCAGGAGGCAGAGAAACAAGCUUUAAAUCAGACAUCUCAGAGUCCAUCACAUGAGCUCGGUCUAAUAAAUGUAUAAUCGGCCCUUAUUGUUUAUUAUAUUAGGAAGGGAUGCACAACCUCUUUGGGUCUGUGAGGGCCAUUGCAGCCACCAUCCCUGGGGCUAAGGACUGUCAGCGAUUGCAGGAUUUUGCUGUUAAUACUCUCUCGUUGGUUCUAGUAUAACCUCCUUUCUGAGUGGUCUAUAGUUAUAAUCUCUUAUCACCCACGCCUAAUGCUGUACAAAGAGAUAACUAACCCGCAACACACCUAUUAUUAACCCCACUUUAUCCAGCAUGGUUAAGACACUUACCCAAGGCAUCCAGCGGGUCAGUGUCAGAGAGAGGAUUAGACUGCAGCAGUUCAAGCCCCAUGUUCAACCUCUUGACUCCAGUUCACUGUUUUAGGCAGCCCAAUAUGUGGCAUACAGGUUUUCCAUGUAGAAACAUUUUCUGUUCCAAGAUGAUUGUGUCGGGCGUUUGGUUUGGUUUCCUGGUGUCACUUGCUGUGGUGAAAAGCAGAUGACUUGAGAGCCAUGAAUGAGGACUUGCUUGUGAUGCCUUGUUAAAAAGGGAGUGAGUUAAAGAUGGGAUUUCAGAAGCCUCUCUGAAUUUCCUGACCCUUCUAGGUAGCCUAUGCCAGGUUCUUAGUGUUACCAUGGGUGAUUAAUGAUCUGUAUUUCUGCUGGAGGGACACCAAAUUAACACCCAAACUGUAGGGAAGUUGGGCACUCGGUACCUAUUGAAUGUCUCAUUGUGUGAUUCUCCUUACCCCACAUUCUACAACGUGAGCUUAACGGGUCAGAUGAUGGUUGCGAGCAUGUCAGGGUUGUACACAAUAGUCCAAAUUCUGUCCUGAUUAAUUUGCUACCCCAGUCAAGUGAACCCAUACGAUCAGCAAAAUUGCAUGGGACAUAAGAUGGGGCAGAACGUAACCCAAUGUUUUCCAUAUACCCCAAUGCAUCUGCAUUGCAGUGUUGAACAGCAUGCCUGCAUGGCUAGGCAGUGGCAAUGUGAUAAUAGUAGACUGCAGAAUCCUGGCCCCAUUCAAGUCAAUAGGAGUCUUGCCAGUGACUUCAACGGCGGAGCAUUUCACCCAUAAAAGUUAGAGUCGGGAAAGAGCUAUGAAGUCACAUCUGGUCCAGCCCCACAGGGGCCAGUACUAGCUCAUUUCUUGCAGCAUAUUGUCCAGGGCUCUGUCCAGUCUCAUGUUAACUUAUCAAAGACCCGGGCAUGGGGCUUCCACCACUUCCCUUGAGAGAAUAUGUCACUGUCUUAGAGCAUUCGUGAUUAGGAGAUUUUUUUUUCCUGCUAUUCAGCCUGUAAGGCAGGCGUGACCGAGUGGUUGGUGAUAAAACUGAAUCAAGAGACCUGUGUUCUGUUCCCCACCAUGGUACUGAUAAUCUCUGUGACCUUGGUUGAGUCACUUACCCUCUGUUUCCUUAUCUGUAACAUGGGGCUGAUAACGUUUACCCCCCUUGGUAAAGCACCUUGAGACCUGCAGGUGAGAAGACCCGCUCUGUGUUGCACCUCUGCAGAGCUUCUCUACCCUCCAGCAGCCUUUGGGAUGACCCGUGACCCAAAAAUCUCUGUGGCACUCAGUGCUAUGGAGGAUUCCCUUUCAACUCUCAACCAGCACAGCAAGAGUCCCACACUGGGUAGCCUAGGCACACUUAUAGCUGCUCUUACACUAGGGGAAUUCUUCCCCAGCCCCUUUGACUCAAUUACAGCCCUUAUUUGCCAUGGGAGCAGCAUGCAGGAUCCAAAGCAAGGGACAGAAUUGACCCGGAGAAAUGUACAUUAGUAUUAUUAUGUUAUGUUGCUGAAUGCCCUCCCAUUACUCCUUUCAGAUCCCUCGGGGCCGUCCCAAGCAGUUCUCCCUCUUUUGUUGGUUAUACCCUCUAAGGCCUUCAGAGGUCAUCAUUGCACCAGGCUAUCGGGAUUUAAUACUGCCUCGUAAAUGAAUCUGUGCCGCUCUCAAAAAAGAAAUCCCAUUUUUUUAUGGGAAGGAGAAAUAUUAGGAGGCACAAUAAACAUAACCAUCUUAAGCAAUAUGGCAAAAAGUCGGGUCCCAGAUUAGGUAAAAAUCCAUCAGGAGCUAACCGUCUGACUGCUCAUACAAUUGUAACUAAUUCACAUGCAGCAUCCUUCCUGAAAGAGAUCACUAUAUGGUAUGUGUUUAAUGCUUCGCUUCUUUUACAGGUUAGUCAUUUCAUUUACAGAGCAGAUGGGUUGAGUUGUGUAGUUUGUUUAAUCCUAAAUGCUGAAUAUAUUCACUAAACCAUGUCAGAUAAAGUGCUCAUCUUUUUUAUUCAGGGCCUGGAAUGUCCCAGGUAGAAGCCAAAUUACCUUGUUGCUUGCAUUCCAUUCCACUGGAAAAUACUUGAACUUAACUAAAGGCCAUAACAAAUCUGUGCGGUCACAGAGUUUCUGGGGGGGUUUGUAUUAACUGUAUUUGUAUUUGAAACUUUUUGUGUAUGAAAUUGAACCUGUAAAUAUUUUUCAGUGUAAAUGUUACAUCUGGAAUGUAGUUAGAAUGUUACACAUAUUUGUCAACAAAACAAACCCCAGCUCUUUGGAUAUUCAAUUUCCAAUACUAAUAAAAUGGAAUAAACCAUAUAUUGUUUACAGUA